AUUCCGUUUUAGAUUAAAAUAGCUAAUAUUGUUCUGAAGUUUAACUGAAUAUAGACAUCACAAGGAUUUUCUUUCAACAGACAGUAGUAAGGCAGUUACCGUACAUUGUUGUUCCAGGUCCUGUCGUAUUUCUACCCGCUGAUGUCAGCAUGGCACCGAAAGGAAAGGAACGUAAGGUAGUAGCCAAAACAAAUUAUGUUAAUGUAAAGGACGAGUUUGAAAAUGACAACGAUGAAGGAGAUGAUGAUGAAAAAGAAGAAAUGAAUGGUCCUCAACCGGACGACGAAUUUAAUUUGGACGAGGUUUUACGUUUGGGUGGAACUCGAGUAAGUAUCUGAGGCUAGCAGCCAACGACCAAUUUAGCCUCCUGCUAACGUUAGCAGUAAACCACAACUGCGACUUCUAUGUAAACACGUGGCUUUUUCUCCCAAAAUGUUGCAUAAACAAUUGUUUCAAUGAUUGAUAAACUAUAUUUGAUCGAAUAAAACAUCGUGCUAUGCUUUAUCUAGCACUGUCAGGUCAGUUAUUGAUGUUAGCUAGCUACUUAACGUUACCACAGACAAAAGGGGUUAGUUAUGAAUAUCUUUGACGUUACUGCAUUAUAGCUGCUAGCAAGUAGCUAGUUAGACUUAGUCAUGUUCACAGACAAGUCAUGACUGUAAAAUCACCUGUUUUCUCAUGGCUUUCUUCUUGUCCCGAUGUAGGCUGACUUUGCCCUGCUUGCCAGCAUCAACGACGAGAACGAGCUGGUCGAUGGUGGAAAGAAAGGAGCCAUUGAUGACCUGGAACCUGGCGAGUUGGAGAAGUUCAUCGCCAAGCUAGGCAUCCGCUCAUACAAAGACCAACAGAUUGUCCCAGAUGAGCAUACAGAGGAAGAGAAGGCAGAGGCCAGCCAAAAGGAAAGCAAAAAGGCUGAUGCCAAGAAAGCUAAGUCGGAUGAACAGAAACCCAAGCCAGAGCAUAAAGGCAAGGACCAGCCUACUACAUCUACAGUGGAGACGAAGAAUAAGAAAAAUAAAGAGACAGCAAAAACCAGCGUCUCAGCCACUGGAAAGAAAGCUAAACUAAAUGCCAACGUGUUUGAGUUUCAGCCGAGGCAGCUGCUGCUGAUCAAACCAGGUGGCAAGUGGUUUGACCUGGAGUACACCGCAGAAGGUACCUCUGACGCACAGGAUGAGUCUCUGAUCUCCCAGUACAAAGCCCUGGCUAUCAAGCUGUUUGAGGCUGAGACUGGGCUCUACAAGAGCAAGAAGAACAUGCAGAAGGGGGCCAACUCAGCCUGGAUGAAGAAUGUGGUCUCAGCAGGGACGCUGGCUGACAGAAUGGCAGCCAUGACCGUUCUGAUCCAGGAUGCCCCAGUACAGAGCAUCGAGCACGUGGAGAACUUGGUCUCCAUGGUGAAGAAGAAGGGCAGCCGCAGACAGGGUCUAAUGGCCCUGGACACCCUCAGAGAGCUCUUCAUGUCCGACCUGCUGCCUGAGAACCGCAAGCUCAAGACCUUCUCCCAGCAUCCUUUUGACAAGCUGGAGCAGAAGGCGAGUGGGAAUAAAGAUGCGCGCGACCGCCGCCUCAUUCUGUGGUACUUUGAGCACCUUCUGAAGCUCCACGUGGCUGAGUUUGUGGUGGCCCUGGACGAGCUGGCCCACGACACGGUGGCAGCCACCAAGGCCAAGUCUCUGGCCACGGCCCACGAGCUGCUGCUCAACCGGCCCGAGCAGGAGAGGGCACUGCUCAUCCAGGUGGUCAACAAGCUGGGAGACCCCGAGUACAAGACUGCAGCCAAGGCCUCCUACCUGCUGGAGACCCUGCUGCACAAGCAUCCCAACAUGAAGGCGGUGGUGUGCAGCGAGGUGGAGCGCCUCAUGUUCAGGCCCAACAUCAACCUGAAGGCCCAGUACUACGCCGUGUGCUUCCUCAACCAGGUGCUGCUGAGCCAUGACGAGGCCGAGCUGGCCAGCAAGCUCAUCUCCAUCUACUUCUCCUUCUUCCGAGCCUGCAUCAAGAAGAAGGAUGUGGAGUCCAAGAUGCUGAGUGCCCUGCUGUCGGGCGUGAACAGGGCCUAUCCGUAUGCCAAGGCCGGGGACGAGAAGGUGAAGGAGCAGCUGGACACGCUGUUUAAAGCAGUUCACCUGGCCAAGUUCAACACGGCCGUCCAGGCUCUCAUGCUGCUCUUCCAGGUGAUGGAUUCUCAGCAGAUCGUUUCCGAUCGCUACUAUGUGGCUCUCUACAGGUAAACGUACUGGACUGGUUGACGGCUAUGUUUUGCUCCCUUGUUUCUACACAGUUGUCUAAUUUCUCCCCAUAACUUUAUACUAUUUAGUCAGGGAUGUUUUUUGCACUUUCUUAGUCAGUGUUACUGUAAACAUGCCUGUAACUACAAUUACCAUUCUGGUUUACAGGAAACUCAUGGACCCAGGUCUGUCUCUGUGCUCCAGGCAGAGUAUGUUCCUCAACCUGCUGUAUAAGUCUCUGAAGGCAGACAUCGUCCUGCGGCGGGUGAAAGGCUUUGUGAAGAGGCUGCUGCAGGUCAGCUGUGAGCAGAACCCUACCUUCGCCUGCGGGGCUCUUUUCCUGGUGUCAGAGGUCAUGAAGGCCAAACCAGGCCUCAAGCUGCUGCUGCAGGAGGGUGGGGUGAGGCAGAGCACCAUGAUUAUAAUAAUGUUAUAUAUAUAUAUAUAUAUAUAUAUAUAUAUAUAUAUGUAUGUGUGUAAUUACAGAGAGGGAAAAGUAUUUGAACCCCUGCUGAUUUUGUAAGUUUGCCCACUGACAAAGAAAUGAUCAGUCUAUAAUUUUAAUGUUAGGUUUAUUUGAACGGUGAGAGACAGAAUAACAACAAAAAAUUCCAGAAAAACGCAUGUCAAAAAUGUUAUAAAUUGAUUUGCAUUUUAAUGAGGGAAAUAAGUAUUUGACCCCUCUCAAUCAGAAAGAUUUCUGGCUCCCAGGUGUCUUUUAUACAGGUAACAAGCUGAGAUUAGGAGGAUCUUGUCAAUGAUCUCAAGGCAGCUGGGACCAUAGUCACCAAGAAAACAAUUGGUAACACACUACGCCGUGAAGGACUGAAAUCCUGCAGCGCCCGCAAGGUCCCCCUGCUCAAGAAAGCACAUAUACAUGCCCGUCUGAAGUUUGCCAAUGAACAUCUGAAUGAUUCAGGGGAGAACUGGGUGAAAGUGUUGUGGUCAGAUGAGACCAAAAUGGAGCUCUUUGGUAUCAACUCAACUUGCCGUAUUUGGAGAAGGAGGAAUGCUGCCUAUGACCCCAAGAACACCAUCCUCAUCGUUAAACAUGGAGGUGGAAACAUUAUGCUUUGGGGGUGUUUUUCUGCUAAGGGGACAGGACAACUUCACCGCAUCAAAGGGACGAUGGACGGGGCCAUGUACCGUCAAAUCUUGGGUGAGAACCUCCUUCCCUCAGCCAGGGCAUUGAAAAUGGGUCGUGGAUGGGUAUUCCAGCAUGACAAUGACCCAAAACACACGGCCAAGGCAACAAAGGAGUGGCUCAAGAAGAAGCACAUUAAGGUCCUGGAGUGGCCUAGCCAGUCUCCAGACCUUAAUCCCAUAGAAAAUCUGUGGAGGGAGCUGAAGGUUCGAGUUGCCAAACGUCAGCCUCGAAAUCUUAAUGACUUGGAGAAGAUCUGCAAAGAGGAGUGGGACAAAAUCCCUCCUGAGAUGUGUGCAAACCUGGUGGCCAACUACAAGAAACGUCUGACCUCUGUGAUUGCCAACAAGGGUUUUGCCACCAAGUACUAAGUAAUGUUUUGCAGAGGGGUCAAAUACUUAUUUCCCUCAUUAAAAUGCAAAUCAAUUUAUAACAUUUUUGACAUGCGUUAUUCUGGAUUUUUUUGUUGUAAUUCUGUCUCUCACUGUUCAAAUAAACCUACCAUUAAAAUCAUAGACUGAUCAUUUCUUUGUCAGUGGGCAAACGUACAAAAUCAGCAGGGGAUCAAAUACUUUUUUCCCUCACUGUAUAAUAAUAAUAAUACAUGCCAUUUAGCAGACGCUUUUAUCCAAAGUGAAUUUACAGUCUUGCAUGCACACAUUCUCGUAUUGGUGGCCCUAGCGGGAAUUGAACAUAGGCCAUGCUCAACCAACUGAGCCACACAGGACUGUUAGCAUAAAGUCAUAGUUAUUUUCAUAUUGUGCAGUUACAUAAUGGAACACUAUUCCACAUUGUAAUGAUUUGUCAUCGUGACUUGAUCUCACAUAUUAUGAACUGAUUGCAGGAUGGUGAGGAGGAGAAUUUCAAAGAUCUUAAGGAAGAGGAGGAGGAGGAGAGGUUUGUAGAUGCAGAUAAGGUGGAGGAAGGACAGACUGAGAAAAAAACACAACAGCCCAAGCCCACUGUGUCGUCAUGGGUUCAUCACCAAAACUUGGAAGGUGAGUUUUAUUAUUAGGACUUUCUUGACAUUUAUUUUCAACACACAUUUUUGGGGAAACCGUACAUCAAGAUAGUUAUAAAUGCAUUUACAUAUUUGUGUUGUAAUGUAAGUAUAAGAUAAAGGCGAAAGAAACGCAUCCCUAUUUAGGCGAGAUGCUGGCUGACGGCGUAAAACACUUGGAAAAGGAAAGAAAAGCCGCACACUCUAGGAGCUCAGAUGAAAUCAUUUAAUAUCCUAAUAACAUUUACAUUUACAUUUUAGUCAUUUAGCAGACGCUCUUAUCCAGAGCGACUUACAGGAGCAAUUAGGGUUAAGUGCCUUGCUCAAGGGCACAUUUACGUCAUUUAGCAGACGCUCUUAUCCAGAGCGACUCACCAAUUGGUGCGUUCACCCUAUAGCCAGUGGGAUAACCACUUUACAAUUUUUUGGGGGGGGGGGGGGUAGAAGGAUUACUUUAUCCUAUCCCAGGUAUUCCUUAAAGAGGUGGGGUUUCAAAUGCCUCCGGAAGGUGGUGAGUGACUCCGCUGUCCUGGCGUCGUGAGGGAGCUUGUUCCACCAUUGGGGUGCCAGAGCAGCGAACAGUUUUGACUGGGCUGAGCGGGAACUAUGCUUCCGCAGAGGAAGGGGAGCCAGCAGGCCAGAGGUGGAUGAACGCAAUGCCCUCGUUUGGGUGUAGGGACUGAUCAGAGCCCGAAGGUACAGAGGUGCCGUUCCCCUCACUGCUCCAUAGGCAAGCACCAUGGUCUUGUAGCGGAUGCGAGCUUCAACUGGAAGCCAGUGGAGUGUGCGGAGGAGGGGGGUGACGUGAGAGAACUUGGGAAGGUUGAACACCAGACGGGCUGCGGCAUUCUGGAUGAGUUGUAGGGGAUUAAUGGCACAGGCAGGGAGGCCAGCCAACAGCGAGUUGCAGUAGUCCAGACGGGAGAUGACAAGUGCCUGGAUUAGGACCUGUGCCGCUUCCUGUGUAAGGCAGGGUCGUACUCUCCGAAUGUUGUAGAGCAUGAACCUGCAGGAGCGGGUCACCGCCUUGAUGUUGGCGGAGAACGACAGGGUGUUGUCCAGGGUCACGCCUAGGCUCUUCGCACUCUGGGAGGAGGACACAGCGGAGUUGUCAACCGUGAUGGCGAGAUCAUGGAACGGGCAGUCCUUCCCCGGGAGGAAGAGCAGCUCCGUCUUGCCAGGGUUCAGCUUGAGGUGGUGAUCCGUCAUCCAUACUGAUAUGUCUGCCAGACAUGCAGAGAUGCGAUUCGCCACCUGGUUAUCAGAAGGGGGAAAGGAGAAGAUUAGUUGUGUAUCGUCAGCGUAGCAAUGAUAGGAGAGGCCAUGUGAGGAUAUGACAGAGCCAAGUGACUUGGUGUAUAGGGAGAAAAGGAGAGGGCCUAGGACUGAGCCCUGGGGGACACCAGUGGUGAGAGCACGUGGUGCGGAGACAGCUUCUCGCCACGCCACUUGGUAGGAGCGACCGGUCAGGUAGGACGCAAUCCAGGAGUGAGCCGCGCCGGAGAUGCCCAGCUCGGAGAGGGUGGAGAGGAGGAUCUGAUGGUUCACAGUAUCAAAGGCAGCAGACAGGUCUAGAAGGACAAGAGCAGAGGAGAGAGAGUUAGCUUUAGCAGUGCGGAGAGCCUCCGUGACACAGAGAAGAGCAGUCUCAGUUGAAUGACCAGUCCUGAAACCUGACUGGUUUGGAUCAAGAAGGUCAUUCUGAGAGAGAUAGCAAGAGAGUUGGCUAAAGACGGCACGCUCAAUAGUUUUGGAAAGAAAAGAAAGAAGGGAUACUGGUCUGUAGUUGUUGACAUCAGUGGGAUCGAGUGUUGGUUUCUUGAGAAGGGGAGCAACUCUCGCUCUCUUGAAGACGGAAGGGACAUGGCCAGCGGUCAAGGAUGAGUUGAUCAGCGAGGUGAGGUAGGGGAGAAGGUCACCGGAGAUGGUCUGGAGAAGAGAGGAGGGGAUGGGGUCAAGCGGGCAGGUUGUUGGGCGGCCUGCAGUCACAAGUCGCAGGAUUUUAUCUGGAGAGAGAGGGGAGAAAGAAGUCAAAGCAUAGGGUAGGGCAGUGUGAGUAGGACCAGCAGUGUCAUUAGACUUAACAAACGAGGAUCGAAUGUCGUCAACCUUCUUUUCGAAGUGGUUGACGAAGUCAUCCACAGAGAGAGAGGAGGGGGGGGCCGGGGGGGGGGGGGGAUUCAGGAGGGAGGAAAAUGUGGCAAAGAGCUUCCUAGGGUUAGAGGCAGAUGCUUGGAAUUUAGAGUGGUAGAAAGUGGCCUUAGCAGCAGAAACAGAUGAAGAAAAUGUAGAGAGGAGGGAGUGAAAAAUAACCAACGUUUCGACAGACAAGCUGUCUUCAUCAGGGUAUAAUGACAAACACUGCAGGUCACUAGUUUAUAUAGUGUCAAAGGACACACGCAGGUGUCUGUAAUCAUGGCCUAAUAGCAUUGGCCAAUUCACAGAUAAAAACAACAUUCAAAAAACAUGGGUAGCAUAUGAUCAUAGAUACUUGGCUACAUAGGCCCACAACAUUUACAAUGAAUCGCAAAAUCAGAAGAAUGGCUUCAAAUCAAAGUCUAUGUUGAGACCGAAGGGAGCAAGGGUCUUUAAAUUAAAGAUCCAGGCAGCCUCUCGUUUUAACAAUAAGUUGUCGAGGUCACCCCCUCUCCUAGGGAGGGUGACCUGUUCGAUGCCGAUAUAACGUAGGGAAGAAAUCGAGUGGUUCGCUUCCAAAAAGUGGGCAGCGACUGGGUAUGUAGAGUUUUUGCACCUAAUGGUGCUACGAUGCUCCGAGAUUCGUACUUUUAAUUCGCGCUUUGUUUUACCCACAUCAUUUUUACCACAAGGACAAGUUAUAAGAUAAAUAACUGCCUUAGUGGAGCACGUAAUAACACCUUUGAUUGGGAUCUGUUUCCCUGUUUGGGGGUGUUUGAAGGAUCUACAUUUGCCAUUGCAUUGAGCGUAGCCGUUACACUUGUAGUUUCCAUCCGGUAGAGGCGCAAAUACAGUGGGGAAAAAAGUAUUUAGUCAGCCACCAAUUGUGCAAGUUCUCCCACUUAAAAAGAUGAGAGAGGCCUGUAAUUUUCAUCAUAGGUACACGUCAACUAUGACAGACAAAUUGAGAAAAAAAUUCCAGAAAAUCACAUUGUAGGAUUUUUUAUGAAUUUAUUUGCAAAUUAUGGUGGAAAAUAAGUAUUUGGUCACCUACAAACAAGCAAGAUUUCUGGCUCUCACAGACCUGUAACUUCUUCUUUAAGAGGCUCCUCUGUCCUCCACUCGUUACCUGUAUUAAUGGCACCUGUUUGAACUUGUUAUCAGUAUAAAAGACACCUGUCCACAACCUCAAACAGUCACACUCCAAACUCCACUAUGGCCAAGACCAAAGAGCUGUCAAAGGACACCAGAAACAAAAUUGUAGACCUGCACCAUGCUGGGAAGACUGAAUCUGCAAUAGGUAAGCAGCUUGGUUUGAAGAAAUCAACUGUGGGAGCAAUUAUUAGGAAAUGGAAGACAUACAAGACCACUGAUAAUCUCCCUCGAUCUCGGGCUCCAUGCAAGAUCUCACCCCGUGGGGUCAAAAUGAUCACAAGAACGGUGAGCAAAAAUCCCAGAACCACACGGGGGGACCUAGUGAAUGGCCUGCAGAGAGCUGGGACCAAAGUAACAAAGCCUACCAUCAGUAACACACUACGCCGCCAGGGACUCAAAUCCUGCAGUGACAGACGUGUCCCCCUGAUUAAGCCAGUACAUGUCCAGGCCCGUCUGAAGUUUGCUAGAGUGCAUUUGGAUGAUCCAGAAGAGGAUUGGGAGAAUGUCAAAUGGUCAGAUGAAACCAAAAUAGAACUUUUUGGUAAAAACUCAACUCGUCGUGUUUGGAGGACAAAGAGUGCUGAGUUGCAUCCAAAGAACACCAUACCUACUGUGAAGCAUGGGAGUGGAAACAUCAUGCUUUGGGGCUGUUUUUCUGCAAAGGGACCAGGACGACUGAUCCGUGUAAAGGAAAGAAUGAAUGGGGCCAUGUAUCGUGAGAUUUUGAGUGAAAACCUCCUUCCAUCAGCAAGGGCAUUGAAGAUGAAACGUGGCUGGGUCUUUCAGCAUGACAAUGAUCCCAAACACACCGCCCGGGCAACGAAGGAGUGGCUUCGUAAUAAGCAUUUCAAGGUCCUGGAGUGGCCUAGCCAGUCUCCAGAUCUCAACCCCAUAGAAAAUCUUUGGAGGGAGUUGAAAGUCCGUGUUGCCCAGCGACAGCCCCAAAACAUCACUGCUCUAGAGGAGAUCUGCAUGGAGGAAUGGGCCAAAAUAUCAGCAACAGUGUGUGAAAACCUUGUGAAGACUUACAGAAAACGUUUGACCUGUGUCAUUGCCAACAAAGGGUAUAUAACAAAGUAUUGAGAAACUUUUGUUAUUGACCAAAUACUUAUUUUCCACCAUAAUUUGCAAAUAAAUGUAUUAAAAAUCCUACAAUGUGAUUUUUAUGGAUUUUUUUUUCUCAUUUUGUCUGUCAUAGUUGACGUGUACCUAUGAUGAAAAUUACAGGCCUCUCUCAUCUUUUUAAGUGGGAGAACUUGCACAAUUGGUGGCUGACUAAAUACUUUUUUCCCCCACUGUAGACGUUGUGCAGGGGUAUUUAGGGGUGGUAAAUCAGAGUUUACCAAUUGAUCUCUGAGAUUUCUGCCCCGCGAGAAUACAACCAAGGGAGGGUCUGAAAACACAUGACCAAUACUGUCAUUGGAUUUUAGAAUGUGCCAUGUUUGUGAACGAUUCCCUUAAUUUGUUCAGAGCACUUUGAAUAGCGUGUAGUUAGAACGCAAGAAUGCUUCUUUUUGCGAGACUGUCCUUGAAAGAGAUCAGGUCUCGAUCUGUUUUGAAUUUUCUCAAUGGCAGUAUUAAUCUGACAAUUUUUGUACCCCCUCUCCUUGAAUUUUCUUUGCGUCUCAGUCAUAUUACGGUCGAAAUCUGAUUGUUUUUUACAAAUUAUUUUGAUUCGACAGAAUUGGCUGUAGGGCAAACUGUUUUUCAAAGAAAGCGGGUGACAACUAUCAGCCCUCAACAAACUGUUACGAUCAGUAGGUUUCCUGUAAAGAUCAGUGUAUAGAACAUUAUCUUCACACAAAAUCAGAAGAUCAAGGAAACUGAUUUGACGUGUGUCAGAUUGCAUAGUAAAUCUCAGGUGCUCAGAACAAGAGUUAAGAAAAGCAUGGAAUGCCUGGAGCUGUUUCGAAUCACCCCUCCAUAGAACAAAAAUAUCAUCAAUGUACGGUUUCCAAAUAAUAAUGUUAGGCAAGAAAACAUUUUUGAGAGGAUUGAAAAUGGACUGUUUCUCAAUGUAACCCACAUACAAAUUAGCAUAGUUAGGAGCCAUAGGCGAUCCCAUAGCAGUACCCUUUGUCUGAAUAAAGAAAUAAUUUAGAAACAUGAAGUAGUUGUGUGUGAGUACUAUUUCAGCCAAUGUUAUAAUGCAUGCACUGGAAGGUAGUUCAUUAGGGUCACGUUGCAGAAGAAAAUGUUCCAUGGCUUCAAUAUCGCCCUCGUGUGGAAUAUUCGUGUAUAACGACUCAACAUCAAAAGUAACUAACAAGGUAUUAUCAGGGAGAGGAUCAAGAGAUUCAAUAAUAGAGAUCAUACUGCUGGUGUCCUUUACAAAGGAGGGGAGCUGUUCUGCGAGAGGUCUAAUAAAAAAAGUCAACAUAGGUCGAUAAAGGGGCUGUUACUGCAUCAAUGCCUGCUACAAUAGGGCGCCCUGGAGGUUUGGUAACAUUCUUGUGUAAUUUCGGCAAAGUAUAGAAAGUAGCAAUUUUAGGGUGUUGAAUAGCCAAAAAAUCGUGUUAUUUUUUGGUGAUUUGACCAGAACUUAAAUACCCAUCUAGGACAGAAAAGAUAGUGUUCUUCUGAGUUUCUUGUAAAAGGUGUUGUCAAGCAGUUGUCUGUGACACUCAUUUACAUAAACUGUCCUAUCCAUGAGUACAACUGACCCACCCUUAUCAGCAGCAAAGCAAAGCUUGUUUUUCAUCCUUGGGUAAAUUUUGAAAAGAUAUGUACUCCUGUUUGUUCUUAAGGAGAUUACCAACAUAUUUUUCAACGAGUCUGCAAUAUGUCUCAAUAGAGUGAUUGCGAUUGGCUGGAGGUACAAAAUAACUCUUACUUCUGAAAGAAGUCGGAGUAUGUGCAGGUGAGCCACCUACAUGUUCAGUUAAAAUAUCACGAUUAGGGGAGCUGAAGUAUUCCCUUAAACUGAUGUUUCUAAACUUAAACAUGUCUACAUUAACAUCGGAAUUGUUGCACUGAGUUGUAGGCACAAAAUAUAACCCUUUAUUAAGCAAGGAGACAUGGACAGGACUCAAUAUCUUGCUUGAUAAAUUAAAGACACUCAGUCCCGUGGGUUCUGGGACCGUGUGAACGGCCCCCUCUGCCUCUGGUUGUCGUUUCUUCUUACCCCGUCGUGUACGGCAUCUCGUCGGUACACGUGACCUCGGCCACCUCCGCGCUUCCCUCGGCCCAGUCUCUCGUUGGAUAAAAACUGGCACUGGAAGCGGAUGAGGCGCUGGUUGUAGAGCGUUGGUCAGACGGGAGUGGAUAGAAGUUAGCGGCCCCCCUCCUGCGUCUGUCAUGGAGAGGAGGAGCAGGACUUCUUUUGUCAGGGUUUCUCCAGAAGUAGACUUUGUCCUCGGCCUUGUCUUUUUUGUCUUGGUUGAAUUUCUUGAUUUUAAGCUCCUUUAAUUCUAUAGACAACUUGUCCUGGAGCGCUUGGUUAGUUUUAAUCAAUUCAUUGAAUAUGCCAUCAUCAUUAACAGCUCUUUGCAGAGCUGUGCGUAAUGUAAGUAUAUAAUCAUGUUUUGGUUGUUACUCCUGCCUAUUCAGUAGUCACCUUUCCCCCUCUUCAUGCAUACUCAUUCUUCUGUUGUCCAGGUGGGAAGAGUAUGGAGAGUAUAUACGACCCGCUACACAGAAACCCCCUUUUCUGUGGGGCUGACCACACCACCUUAUGGGAGCUGCAACGGGUGUGCCUCACAACAAUAUUAGAUGCAUCCCCCAAAUGGCCCUCUUUUCCCUAUAUAGUGCACUACUUUUAACCAGGGCCCAUAAGGCUCUGGUCAAAAGUAGUGCACUAUGUAGGGAAUAGGGUGCCAUUUGGGAUGAGAUAAAUGUGUUAUGGGCUUGCUUGAGAAACGGUAGUGAUAGGAUAAACCACUUGUCGUUUCUGUUCUUCUUCCACACAUCUUUCCCCCUCAGCUCUCUGCACAUUUCCACCCCUCAGUGUCACUGUUUGCCAAGACAAUCUUACAGGUAAGAUUAACUUAUUUUUUUGCAUUGAAAAACGUUGUGCUUAUUACCAAAACAUUUAUACAAAGAAGUUGCCUGUAUAACAAUGGGCCCGGGUGGGUAUCAGGGCUAUCCCUCAUACUACCGCUCAAGUCUUUCCUUGUUCAUUCAUCCCUUUCUCCCUGCAUCAUGUCCUCAGGGAGAGUUCAUCAACUACACAGGAGACCCUCUCCAGGACUUCACUCUCAGCAAGUUCUUGGAUCGCUUCGUCUUCAGGAAUCCCAAACAACUGAAGGGCAAACGUAAUACAUCCAACAUUAUCAUAUACCUUUUUAUCAGUACAUAAUGUGCGUUCCAAAAGGCACCCUAUUCCCUAUAUAGUGCACUAGGUUCCAAAAAGCACCCUAUUCCCUAUAAAGCGCACUACUUUUGACCAUGGCCCAUAGGGGGUUCCUGGUCAAAAGCCAAGUACUAUAUAGGGAAUAGGGUGCCAUUUGGAACUUAGCCAUACACUUUCUCAGACGUCACAUUCUUAAGGCUGGUUGACAGUUGGUCUAGCAACAUGUCUGUAGACAGUUGUCGCAGUGACAUCAUGAACAAUCUAUUGUCGACUGACAUCAAACUUGUUAUGAAGAAGUAUAAACACAAAAUGAUAGCCUCUGCAUGACAUCAGCAGCCCGGUACGCCAAAUAGCAUACUUGCUCUAUUUGAACACCAAUAAACAAAAAAAAUGAAUUUAGUAAAUGUCAACCUAGCUACUAGCAAACAAUGUUUUGAUUCAUUGCUAAUUUGUUAGCUAGCUAGCUAGCCAGUUCAAAUAAUGACCAGAGUAUAGCUGAACUUUAGCUACUUUAGCAACCCACCACAACAUAAUUAUUUACAAGGUAAUGAUGGCGAGCUUACAGAAAACAGCUUACGGUUGUGAAUGUGACGAAAUAAAAGUAGGUCAUUCUAUCAGAGAAUGUUUAGAACUCCUGCGCCUUCUUGUUGCUGUAGCAGCCCAGUAACCAAGACAACGAACGUUGCAACAGUCGCAGAGAUUAACUUUUUUUAUAAUGUAUGUGCAGCAAGGAAACAGACAUUCCACCGGAGUAUAAAUUAAAUGUCGUUUUGACCAGCGACCAUUGUCGCAUUCUAAUUCUCUACAGACAUGUUGUUAGACCAAAUAUAAACCGCCCUUUAGUCAACUGGUCUCAGUUCCCUAAUCAAUUAUCCACACUGUCUGUCUUUCAUCUUUGUUGAAACUGUUUUAAUCUCAAUCCUUCAGAGAAUACAAAUGCUACAGUGAUGCAGCCCAAACAGAAGCUGGCUAUGAACAACAUCCACAAUUUACCUGGUGAGUGUGUCUUUGAGUCAUUAUGAAGAAUGAUAAGGGGGUCCCUUUAUUGAGCAGAAGUAAGGAAAGUUUUAAUUUUUUUCUCUCAGUGAACUGUGAGGAGUUCCUGUCCAAUGAGGAGAGUCAGAUUCCUGUGGAUGAGGUCUUCUUCUAUCGGUGAGUAAUAAUGGUUUUAUAGACAGUCCUCCUCCUGAGUAACACAUUGUCAGAUGUUUAAUUUUUUUGCGAAUAAGGCAGCAAAGAAAAUGAUGCCCCUUGAAUCUGUUUUUGGUUUAUUGUUUGAGUGAUCAAAGUUCUGGACCGUCAUCAAAAACCCUAUUUUGCCCUGUGGGUUUCCCACGCUAGGUUCUUCAAGAAACGAGAGGCGGAGAAGGCGCUGCGUCGGCCACGAGGAGAUGGCGAUAACGAGAGUGUGGAGGAUGUGGACGAUGAUGAGUUUGAGAAGCUGCUCGGUAAGCUGAAGGACUCUGCCCACAGUCACCAAUAGAAAAUGUAUUGUUAUUGGUUAAAAUGCAGGAAAUGGGCCACUAUGUCAGACUAGAGGCUCAGACUCUGCUCCUGGUUGCUUUCUCACCCUCCGCUCAAGGACUCUGAAAUGUUAUUGGUCGAAAUGCAGGAAAUGGAUCAAUAUCAGACUUCAGACUCAUCUUUGGUUUUCUUCCUAUCCAGAUACAUAUGAGGGAGACAGUUAUUUCACAGACUUGCCAGUUGAUGAAACAGACCUGGACUUUGCAGGGUAAGUACAGUUUUAAUAUUGCUUUGCAUUCAGAUAUCACCAAGUGAUUCAUUUGUACACCUAUGUGGUACCGUGUGGCUCAGUAGGUAGAGCAUGGCGCUUGCAACGCCAGGGUUGUGGGUUUGAUUCCCAACGGGGACAUUACACAUUUUUUUUUUUUUUUAUGUAUGUAUGCACUCACUACUGUAAGUCGCUCUGGAUAAGUGCCUCUGCUAAAGGACUAAAAUGUAUCAAACAUUACAUUGAAAUUAUUUUCAAUGAUAUAUCUAACAGUUUGUGUGUGUGUGCAGCAAUAUAAAGAUACAAUCUAAGAAGGGGAAGAAGGGUGGAGAGGAUGACUCUGAUUCAGACCUGGAUGAUGACCUGGAUGAUGAGGAGGUGUCCCUAGGCAGUAUGGAUGAGGAGGACUUUGGAGAUGAACUAGAGGAGGAGGGAGGGGCUUUCAUGGACACCGUUGGGGAGGAUGAUGACGACGAGGAAGGUAUUAUGUCCCAAUGUAUCUCUCCUUCCUCCCAAAGUGUGCACUUGUUCACUUCCCUUCACUAUUUUGAAAUUAAAUGACUGGUUUAAUAAUAUGGUGGAAACUCCCACUACCCCACGCCUCCACAGGUUCACACUUGACUCUAAUUUCUUGUCUUUCAGUUCCAGAACUUGAUGAUGACAUUUCUGGUAAGCAGAUAGCCUUAAAUUAACUUUAAAAUUCAUUUAAAAAGGGCAUCAUUAAUUGUGAAUGUUAUUAAUGUAUAAAAAGGUUGACUCUUAUCAAAUAUAUUGUUUUCCCUUCAAGAUUCAGAUGAUAAGAUGGAGGUUCCACACAUGACUCUAGGUUCUAAAAAGAGCAAGGGCAAGAGGAAGGCAUCAGAGGAUCUUGACUUCAGUGGUUCUUUAGGUUAGUAGCUGGGCCUCUGUUUGUACUAUUAAACUGCUCAGAAUCUCAUUCAGGAGUGUAGAAUCUUAUCUGACAUGUUGAAAUUCUUUCAUUGUAGGUUCCAAACCGGGGAAAAGAAAGACAGGAAAGGACACAGCCAUGUUUGCAUCUGCUGAAGAGGUGAGAUGGUCACGCCUAUCAUAUUUCUCACAAUGUUAAGUUGGUGUGCUGAUGGCUAUCCUAUCAAUCCGUUUGUUGAAGAGUUAGUUUAUUGGAUGAAACUAAAGGAUAUUAUCACUGUUAAUGCUAAAUGCUUUCGUUUUUUACAGUUUGGGUAUAUGUUGGAUGAAAAUGCUGGCUCUAAGUUUGACAACACCGGCAUGAAUGCUAUGGCCAACAAAGACAAAGCAGGUAAGCCUUGGCUUCAAUAUAGUCAAUCAACCUAUUGAGUAUAUCCAUGUCCUGUUUUCCUAUUGUGUACCACACUUAGUGCCACCUAACAGGAAAAAAAAACAGACACGGGCCAAUUCAUAUAAAUGACUUUACUCAGUUGGCUAGACAGUAGAGGAAACCCACAGCAUAUUCCCCUUGGAGAGAGUCAGUAUCUUCACAGCAGUUUGGAGCACAAUAGGGAUGCACAUUUCGGUCCAUUUUGUUGCAGAUUUAACCUACCCUCAUUAACUGGUCAACAAACUGUACAAAACAAUUCUAAACUGUAAUAUGACGUGACAAAUAGAAAAUACUAUGCAUGCAUACAAGGAACAUACUUUUUUAUGAAGCGCUUAAUGAAAACAUGCAACAAUAGCAAGCCUAUUGUCUUACAGUCAAAAGGCUAUAGCCUAUUAUUGACCGUGCAACUAUUUUAAUGAAGCAGCUAAUACAAUUAUUUUCAGACAUUUGUCAAAAUGCAAUUUGCUGGAAAAUACUGCUCUAAACAGCACACCUAAUGCAAGCGGUUCCAUACUAAACUCUCCAUUAGAAACUUAAAGGGAGAAUCUAAUAGCAACAACUAGGAUGGGUUGCUAAUAUGACUGGGAUUGUGCCUUUGGCUUCUUGACAACGAAAGAAAGUUGAUAUGAAAACCAAUAGAACAGAGAAAUGCUGGGUAAUUUAUACAAUAAUUGCCUCCACAUUUCUAUUAGAUUUUGGCUAGGCUACUUUUAAGGUAAGACAUUCCUCAUUAUUUGAAGUAAAGUAAAACGAUCAGGUUUCAAACAAUUACUACCUCAAGCUCACAAUGUAAAGUGAUGAGUGACAUGCUGAUAGCCUAUGCACUCGAAGGGUGAAUGGGAGACGUGCUUUAAUUACGAGUUGAUUGAGAAAUAAACAUAGCAGCUCUUUUUUUAAAUCGUGGCCAUCAAAACAGUUAACACACGAUUGCAUUUAGAAUUAUUUCUUGCACUAUGACUGGGCAUAUAAAAGCACGUUUCACUCCAGUACCAGCUUUUUGAGGACCUGCUCUGCACUGUCUGACAGGUGAUGGGCCAUUCCGCUCCUAAAUCUAGGUUCUGACAGGUGAUAGGCCAUUCCGCUCCUAAAACUAGGCUCUGACAGGUGAUGGGCCAUUCCGCUCCUAAAACUAGGCUCUGACAGGUGAUAGGCCAUUCCGCUCCUAAAACUAGGCUCUGACAGGUGAUGGGCCAUUCCGCUCCUAAAUCUAGGCUCUGACAGGUGAUAGGCCAUUCCGCUCCUAAAACUAGGCUCUGACAGGUGAUGGGCCAUUCCGCUCCUAAAUCUAGGCUCUGACAGGUGAUAGGCCAUUCCUCUCCUCAAACUAGGCUCUGUGUGGGUGUGAUAAAUAAGAUACAUGACGACUAAUAAAUACACACGUGGCAAUUUAAUUUCACCAAAUAAUGCAGAUUAACCUAUAGAUUGAUGAGCAUGACCGGUCAAAUGUAUUUUCGGUGGCUAACCGAUUAACCUUUAACCCCCUAUAGCACACCCAGUCAUACUCUAGCAGGCCUUUUAAAGUCGCACAGAAUAGACUAUAUUCUCUCAAGCAUUAUCGAUCUAAAGCAGUGGUUCUCAAUCCUGGUCCUGGGGACCAAAAGGGGUGCACAUUUUUGUUUUUGCCCUAGAGCUACACACCUGAUUCAAAUUGUCAACUCAGCAGGCUUUGAUUAUUUGAAUCAGGUGUGUAGUGCUAGGGCAAAAACAAAAAUGUGCACCCCUUUGGGUCCCUAGGACCAGGAUUGAGAACCACAGAUCUAAAGGUAACCCUAAGAUAACAACUGGGCACAUUUCGAAUGAAGCAGGUUGUUGAAUACAGAUGAUGAACUAACUUCAGUAGAGGGUGCAGUCUGUCUGUGGUUUUUGCUCAUUGCUCUUCUGUCUUCUCUUCCUCCAGGUGUCAGGCAGCUCAAGUGGGAAGCCCAGAGGGACGACUGGGUCCGAGGCAGAGACGUCAAGACCCUACGGAAGAAGAAGGCCAUGUUUAAUAAGAAGAAACAGUUUGGAAAGCCCCAGUUUGGCAAACCAAGGGCUGGCAAAAGUACUUUAAAGAAGAAGUAAUAAUUUCUGGACUUCUCUGGACCUAAGAUUACUUAUGUUUGUGUUCACACGCCUCUAUGCCUUCUUGGACCAAUCUUCAAGGUCUUUCUCUCGAAUCCCAUAAACCCCUGCAUAUUCGUUGGACUUGUAAUAAACUGGAAAGAGAAAGUGAUGGUGUCACGCUCAGGAUUCAACACAUUUAAUCACAUUAUGGUUCAGUGGGCUACAUGCCCACUGCAGCAAAAUGUUUUGCAACUAUGUCUACUAAUGAACACACCGGUGUAUUGCCUCAAUCUAACCCGUUGCCAGUUCCAGGUUUGUACUACCAAUCAUUGGAGAAGCUACUAAAUGCCUGUGUGAAAUGUGUUUACAUUUACAUGUGUUCUCUGUAUAGCUAUUUUGACUCUUCUGUAUUUUAUAUAGGUUUAUACAAGAAAUACAAAAUGAAAACAGCAUACAAGGAGAUAAUGUCUGGUUUGCAGUAAUUGUUGUAACUGUAGGGGUAAACCUUUUUUUAUCAAUUGGGGCUGAUUUCAUUGCUGUGCAGUUUGGACUUGAGGAUCAAUUUCUCCAGUUUGUAUAUUUUGAACUGUCUACAGCCCUUACCUUCCAGUACAGAGGGAAGCAUGUUGUUCAUACUGUUCCUGAAAUCUAAAACAAAAAACGGAACAUUUUGUUAAAAAGGUGUACAUAGCCCAAGGUAGAGUCAGUGUACAUGAC